AUGAAUAUUGAAGAUAUUAGCUCUAUGGGAGCAGUAUCCCAUUUAGAAGAGAAAUUUUCUGUGAAAAAGAUUUCUGAGAAUGUGUACGAGGGAAAGUAUCCUCUUGAAUCGUUUAUGGAAGGAGCUCGUGGGACUUACGGAGGAGAAUUUAUUGCACAAAGUAUCAUAGCAGCAUGGGAAACUGUUGAAGACCCAGGAUUUACUCCAAAUUCUAUGCAUUCAUAUUUUGUGCGUGCUGGGAAUUGUGAUUCUGUCAUGAGAUACGAAGUUCUUCGAUCCAAUGACGGUCGUAAUUUUGCUAAUAGAACCGUUCAAUGUUAUCAAUCAGCCACUAAUCAACUUUGUUUCACACUUAUUAUAUCUUUUGCAAAGAAUAAUAGUGCAAAAGAAAAGGCAAUUGCGUAUGAAAAUGACACUACAGGUAAAAUAACUCCACAAUUUGGAUUCCAAUCAUCUCCACAAUAUUUCUUGAAGAAGUAUCGUGAUCAUUUAAAUAAAUUACCAUAUUUUCAACAUACCAAUGAAAACUUACAACAUAUACUUCCAAAGGAAUUCAUUGAUACCAAACUGACUGCAACUAUCUUUAAUCGUAAAGAGCCUGGUGACCGGAAAUUAGGGGUGUUUGUUAGAGUUAAUGAUGAUCUUACAUUAGCCAAAAACGCCACAAAGACCAAAUUUGCUAGUUUGGGAUUUGCCUCUGAUAGUUUCUGGUUAUCUACAAUUAUUCGUGUAUUGGGAUUGCCAGUGAGUGGGAAGUAUUUAAAUUUCUUUAGAGUAAGUUUGGAUCAUUCUAUUUGGUUUCAUGAUAAAGAUUUUGAUCCAACUGAAUGGAUGUUUAUGGAUUUUAAAUUUACAAGACUUGAAAAUGAUCGGCUUUUAGCCCAUUGUCAAGUGUUCACAUUGGAAGGAGUGUGUGUGGCUACCGUUACACAAGAAGCACUUGCAUUCAUUCCUAAGAAUCUUCUUGAUAAGUUCCCAUCCAAGAGUAAGCUUUAG